AUGACGAACUCGAAUACACCUCGCGCCGAUGUCCGCGACAGCAUAGUCCAGCAAUGGUCGCCCGGCCACGCCAACGUCUCCCCACGAUCAGGAUCAGGAUCAGCGACAGCAGAGAACAUACCCAACAGCCGACAUCAUAAUGGCGCAUCGCAUCACGCACCUCCGACACCAGACUUCACAGACGAAGAUGAGGCGCUAUGGCGAGAUCAAGAGCUCAACCGCAAGAUCAUGCAGAAUGUGGAGGAAAUCGGCAUUACGAAGCCAAAGGGCCACAAGGUGUCCUUCCACUACAACAGCCGCGUGGAAGAUAUGCAUUUCGGCAAGACACAUCCCAUGAAGCCAUGGAGGUUGACUUUGACCAAACAUUUGGUGCUGGGCUAUGGUCUUCACUAUGCCAUGGAUACGCACGAAGCAGUUUCCGCUGGCAAGGACCAGGUUCGCGCCUUCCAUGACCCGGAUUAUGUCGACUUCCUCGCUCAGGUUUCGCCGCAAACUUUUGCUUCUCUCUGUGAGGUUCCGCGCUUUGCUCAACAUAUUCCACCGAAACACGAAAACGACACUGUCGAUCUUGGUCCGUUCAACCUGUCUACCAGCCCGGGCGCCGACUGUCCAGUUUUCGACGGCAUGUCCACAUAUCUCUUCCUGUACACUGGCGCUACCCUUGGCGCCACUCAGCAGCUCACAAGUAACCAGACAGAUAUCGCCAUCAAUUGGUCCGGAGGUCUGCAUCACGCGCACCGAGCUGAAGCCUCCGGUUUCUGCUACAUUAACGACAUUGUCCUCUCCAUCCUCGACCUGCUCCGGGUAUAUCCCCGAGUUCUGUACAUCGAUAUUGACGUCCACCAUGGUGAUGGGGUAGAAGAAGCUUUUCAGCGCCAACCGCGAGUCAUGACACUGUCAUAUCACCGCUAUGGCCCGUAUGACGAGACACAGCACAAAUUCUUCCCCGGAACCGGCGACCUGGCCGAUGUAGGACUGAAAGGCACCGUGGGCGAGCAUUUUGCUCUCAACGUCCCUAUAGCCUCUGGCAUUAACGAUGGACAGUACAAAUAUCUGUUCGAAAACGUCACAGGCCGCGCCAUCGAAGCCUUCAAACCUUCUGCCAUUGUACUUCAGUGCGGAGCAGAUAGUCUGGGUGGUGACAGGCUGGGACAAUUCAACAUCAGCACCACACAACACGGCGAAUGCGUCUCGUUCGUCAAGCGCAGCGGUCUGCCCCUCCUCAUUCUCGGAGGCGGAGGCUACACCGCCCGCAACGUCGCCCGCGCCUGGUGUCACGAGACUGCCUUGGCAACAGACAAUACAUUACCAGACAGCAUACCGCUCGACCUCGUACCCCGACCCGAGGCUUUCCAGGGCAGGGCUCACGGCGACGGCAAGCUGCAUCCUCCGUUUAACAAGAAUACGCCUGUGCAUAACAACCAGAAUAAGGACGUGGAUUUGGAAUACAUGGUGAAGAAGCUGGACGGCGAUCUGAAGUACGUUCGCAAUGCGCCGUGGGUGAAGUGCGAUCAGUUGCCGACGCAGAGGGCUAUGCAGGAGAUCAUGGACAGCGUUGACAAGGAGAUGAAGCCGGGUAAGGCAGAGCGCGACAGGAGGUGGAGGGAGCGGAAUCCGGCUGGGAGGGGGGAGCUGAGGUGA